UCUGUCCCACCUUCCUAAAAACAUGGCCGCCCCCAUGACUCUCAGACGAGACUUGUUUUAUCUUACAAGGAUACUUGGAGGGAUCUCACAUUUGGGACCGAGGGCUGUGGGUGCCUGUUCAGGUCACAGGACAAACAAUAUAACCAGGUCCCUUCUCCCACUGGCAUCCAGCACUUCCUUCCACACGACGACAGUGUUUUCAUCAACGCCUUCAUCAAUCACUGUCACAGAAGAGGCCGACACGCUGUUUCAGAAGGUGUCACUGUUGGUCAAAGGUCAUGACAGAGCCGUGUUGGACAGCUAUGAGUUGUUUGCCACUACGGCCGCGAAGGAGCUUAACAUCACCAUCAAUAAAGUUCAUGAACAACCGAAGGACAUGGACAGGUUCACACUCUUGAAGUCGGUUCACAUCUUCAAAAAUCACAGGGUCCAGUAUGAAAUGAGGACACACUACCGGUGCAUUGAGCUGGCUCAUAUAACAGGCUGCACAGCACAGGUCUACCUUGAAUACGUCCAGAGGAACCUCCCUGAAGGUGUAGCCAUGGCGGUGACAAAGACCACCAUGGAGAAGGUUCCAGAUCACAUCCUUAAACCCCUGUGGGAGGACCACCCCAUUGAUAACGAGCUCAGCCAGUGAUGAGCAAUGGAUUCUUCUGAGAUGUGUUUUCUCCAGAAGAUGUGAAACAACUGCAGUAUUAGCAUAUGGUUGUCAUGGACCCGUGAGCUGCUCAUCAUAGUCUUCAUCAUUGUCAUCAAUACGGAGUUGAACACAAUAGAAAAAGGGCCAACUAAGGAACUUAUGUUCAUCAUAUCAACAUCUAAUAGUCAUUCACUGGCAGUUUUUUUUUUUCCGUGGAAAAAGUAUGGAAUAUAUUGUAUGUUUGGGGUUUUUCUUCAAUUAAUAAAUUCUGUAUUUAACUUUAACUCACCCUUUGUGCAGUUCUUUAAUCAGAAUUAUGAUUUUAAUAUAAUAAUGUUUUCGUUUAACUUCGUGCAGACAUAUUGAAUUAGUUUGAGUUAUUCGGUUGGACACAAGACACGAACACAAGACAUUUCUUUUUUGCAUUUAUUGAUUUAUUGGUAUUCAAAAAUCUUUGCGACAAAAGAGAAUUUAAUUUCACAUCUGUCCUCUUCUUAACAGUAAAAACAUCAUGGCAUACUUUUUGAUUGAAGGCUAAUAGUUCCUGUAAUUUGAGGAGGUUUUAUGGUAAAAGUCCCCAUAUUUAUGCAGUCACUUUUCUGCCCCCUCUCCAUGUUUUACCUAAAUAUUCCAGAUCACAUUCUCAUUUAAGAUUCAUACAUGAAUACUUUGUAAUAUGCAACUAUACUUCAAAGAAGCCUAUGCAACCAUUUUAAAAAAUCUAUAUUUUUACUUCUUGGCUCAUAAUAAAUUAGCUAUUACGGUUAAAUUGGCCCAUUCCUACUAAUAGUGUUUAACAAGUAAGUGUCCCAGUAAGAUAGUCGGCAAGAAUCACUCAUCUUCUGAUGCUCGUGCAUUGCCACAAGGUGUACUCUGUCUAUUCUUGUUAGGAAUUCACAGUACAGAUGUACUUCCAUGUGAGUCUAGCAAAAAUCUGCAAUGUAUUUUUUUUAGCUAUUAAUAAAAUCGUGCCAUAACCUAUUGACCUAUAGGGAUGUGAACCUCA